AUGGCGAGUGAAGUAGAAAGAUCUUCUCACGACAGGAGUCCGCGCGACGACGGCGAUCAAGAUGGUAAAGCAGAAGGAGGCGUACGGGCGAAGAGAAGGAGCGCCGACGAUGACCAAGGGGAAGGGAGCGUCACGACGGCAGACACAAAGAUCGCUCCGGUCCGCACCCGGGCCCAGACCGUCAUCCUGAUGUUCGCGCUCUGCAUGGCCGUCUUCCUCGCGGCCCUCGACGCCGUCAUCAUCACCACCGCACUACCAACGAUCGCGCGGGAGAUUGGGUCCUCAGACUCGGGAUUCGCCUGGAUCGGCGCGAGCUAUCUGCUCGCCAACGCCGCCUCAGUCCCCUUCUGGGGCAAAGUUAGCGACAUCUUCGGACGCAAACCGAUCCUCGUCAUCGCCAACGUCGUCUUCAUGGUCGGCAGCCUCGUCUCGGCGCUCUCCGGCACGCUGACGAUGCUUGUCGCGGGGAGAGCGGUCCAGGGGCUCGGGGGCGGCGGGCUGAUGGCGCUGGUCAACAUCACCGUCGGGGACCUCUUCAGCCCGCGGGAGAGGGGCGCGUAUUUCGGCGCCGUCGGUGCAGUUUGGGGUCUCGCCAGCGGGAUCGGACCGCUCAUCGGCGGCGGGCUGACGGAGAAUGUUUCGUGGCGGUGGUGCUUUUGGAUUAACCUGCCCAUCUCUGGCGCGUCGCUGCUCAUCCUCGUCUUCUUUUUGCGCAUACACACGCCCAAGACGCCGCUUCUCAAGGGCCUGGCGGCCAUUGACUGGCUAGGCACACUCACCUUCACCGGAGCGACGUUGAUGCUCCUCCUCGGGCUGCAGUUUGGCGGGCUGCGGAACCCUUGGGACUCGCCCACCGUCAUAUGUCUCAUCGUCUUCGGCUGCGCGACCUACUCCGUCUUUGCUUUCGUCGAGCGUUUCGCAAAGUACCCGCUCAUGCCGGCCUCGCUGUUCCGCGACGCGUCAGUCGUCUUCUGCUACGUGGCCAACUUCUGCCACGGGCUCGGGUUCGCGGCGAUUGCGUUUUUCUUACCGCUCUACUUCCAGGCAGUGCUGGGCGCCAGCCCGAUCCAGUCGGGCGUGUGGCUUCUCGCCACGGCGCUGCCGUUGGCGGUCGGCACUAUCGGCGUCGGGGUGACGAUCAAGAAGACGGGGCGGUACGUUGAGAUUGUGCGGGCGUCCAUGGCGCUCACGGCGAUUGCGUUUGGGUUGUUUGUGACGUUGCCCGCGGGACGGGACUGGCCGCGGUUGAUCCUGUUCCAGGUGCUCGCGGCGCUGGGCAUCUCUCCGAAUUUGCAAGCGUUGCUUAUUGCAUUGCAGGCGCUGGUGAGGCAGGCGGAUGUGGCGACGGGGACGGCGACGUUUGCGUUUGUGAGGCAUAUUGCGCUGGGGAUCGGGGUGGUCGUCGGGCAGGUCAUAUUCCAGAGCGUUGUGGGACGGCAUGAGGGCCGGUUGUUGGCGGCGGGCGUGCCGGCCGAGGUUGCUGCCAAGUUUGGGAGGGGAGGGACGAUUGCGACGGCGGCGCGCGGUGUGAUGGAGGGUUUAAGUGAGGGGCAGAGGCGGGUUGUGAGGCUUGCGGUGACGGAUGGGUUGAGUAAGAUUUGGGUCUUCUUUUGCGUCAUGUCUGGGGUUGGGUUUAUUGCUACGUUUUUCACAAGGCAGGUUGAGUUGAGUGAGAUGCAUACUGAGACGAAGACUGGGUUGGAUGAAGGGGUCGAGGUUGAAGAGAGUAAAGGGGCAGGGGGGACGAAUGAACGGGAUGAGCCGGUUUGA